GAGGGAGCCACAUUAAAUGGAGGGGAAGAUACUUCCAGUUGAGACAGUGUGUCCGAGUGGUUAAGGAGUCAGACUAGAAAUCUGAUAGGCUCUGCCUGCGCAGGUUCGAAUCCUGCCGCUGUCGAAUUUUUUGACUGUGCAAAAAAAGAGAGAUAUAUAGAGGCGUCGUUUAUUAUGAAGGCAAGUCAAAAAAGGCAUAUUUCUAUUAAGAAAAAAAAAAAAUAUAUAUAUAUUUAUAAUUUUUUUUUUUUUUAUUGCCGCGCACUACCAUUACUGUAUAACUCUCCGCGCUGUUCUGUUUCUUCUAUGAAGGAAAGAAGCCGCGGGUGGCAGCGGUACCAUCGGGCAAGCACAGAAGGGGAGGCAGCCCGAGCAAAUGCACAGGGGGGUAUUUUCAUAAAUGUGCCCAAAAUGAGUGAGUAUAAUAUGCUCAUCUGCGCUUCUUAAUUUUUCCUUUUCUUUCCUCUUUUCUUCAAAAAUGUCAAGCGAUGCCAACAAGUUUGCGGCGCGCCUUCCCUUUUGCGGGGGGAAAGGGCCCUCCCCACCCCCGGCGAACCAAAAUUAAAGAAGCGAAUAAAAAAAAAAGGGGAAAAAUAAAAAUGUACAUAAAUAUGUGUAUAUAUAUAUAUAUAUAUGCAUAUAUGUAUGUAUACGAGUUAACGUGCGUAAGGACGAAGUUGUGCUUGCCCAAAGUACGGGCCAACCUAAUCACCGCACAGCCAACUUGGCAGAAGGAUCGCCUCUCCCCCAUCUCAAAUUUGCAAUCCCAUUUACACAGUGGAGAAACAAACCCGGGGAUGAAAUUUUAACCUUCCAUCUUCAUCUUGUUC